AUGACCUUAUUCCAUUACGGCAAAGAAGCCUACAUGGAGAAAUACAUAAUCCAACACGAGCUCGGUCAGGGAGCGUUCGGUAAGGUGUACAAGGCGGAACGUCAGGAAGACGGCAGCGUGCACGCUCUCAAGUGUCUCACCGUGGACUCACUGGACAAAGUGGAAGUCGUGAUAAAGGAAAUCAGCGCUCUACAGCAGGUCGGAGAACACCCAAACAUCAUGCAGUUCACUGAGAAGUUCACAGAGGGCGCUGGUUUGAACACCCCUGCGCUGAACGUGUGGCUCGUGCUGGAAUACUGCAACGGGGGAACCCUGGACACCUUCAUCUUGGGUAGGAAUAACCCUGACCGAGCGACCGUUCUGCAAUUAUUGUGCGACACGAUAGAGGGCGUUGCCUACCUGCACGGCAGAAACAUCGUCCACCGAGACCUGAAGCCUGACAACAUCUUGGUGGACAAUUCCAGGCGGAGACCGGUUGCUAAGAUCGCAGAUUUCGGCAUCGCCCGUGUGUGUGAGCGGAGUGGCUGGGACAUGAACAGUUACUACAUGCAGACUGCGGUCGGUACUAGGCUGUACCUGUCGCCUGAAAUCAUCGGACCACUGCUGGCACAGCGGCCAGAUCAGGUGACCUACACCGCCAAGACCGACGUCUUCGCCUUGGGCCUGAUCAUGGCCGCCAUUUUGGAUCGGACGACAGUUGCGUUCAACCCGGGAAAAGUGACGCCCUUCCUGCCGGACCCCGCCAACAACGGGCAGCCCGCGCCUGUGGCUGACGUCAUGAUCGCACAUCCGGGGUACCCGCUGGAAGACAUGCUGGUGACCAGUGAACCUCCGGGGUCUCCGCUAAAGACCCUGAUCCUGUCCAUGCUGACAGUUUCAAGCCGACAGAGACCCACAUCAGAACAGGUUCUCCGCAGGCUCAGGCAGAUCAUCAAAUCGUCUGACAGGGCCAACACCCAAACUUCGGUACAGCCUUCCACGCUCCCACCCUCCCCACAUACUGUGGUGGAGAUACCAGCUGAGGAUACAGAGGAUCGGUAA